CAGUAUAUCAUUUUCGGCCAUCGACAAGUCUAAUUGAAGAGUAGCCUACUAAAGUUAUUCCGCACCAUCUGCAAUAACCAACAAUGGCGAGAAGACCAAGCAAGAAGAACAAGACACUGAUCCAAGACGCAAGAAUCAAGCACGUCACCUUCUCCAAGCGUCGAUUCGGAAUCUUCAAGAAAGCCAGCGAGCUCUGUACCUUGUGCGCCGUGGAGAUGGUUCUCAUCAUCUUCUCGCCAGGCGGUAAACCCUACUCCUUCAGCCAUCCUUCGUCGGAAGCAGUAAUCAACAGACUCGUCACCGGUUCUGCAGAUCCAAAGAUCGAUCAUGAAGAAAGGGCCGAACGAGAAGCUAGGUUGGCUGAACUGAACAAGCACUGCUGCGAUCUGAAUGCACAGUUGAAGGAAGAGAAGAAACGAGGGAAGGAGCUGAAGAAGAGAAUGAUGAAUCUUCCAGAUAUCGAAAAGAUGAACAGAGAGGAGCUGAUGAAAAUGAAGACGUCGCUGGAAGAUCUGAGAGUCAGAGUACGCAAUCGUAAAGAGGAGCUUUUAGCAGGGAAGGCUAUGGAGGAUGAUGAUGAUCUGAGUUUGACGUUGGGUGGCGUAUAUUCUGCAGGAGAAGCUUCUUCAAGCUCAGCGAACAAGGGUGGCGGUGAUAUUAGUCUGAGUCUAUCAGCUUUUGUUCCUAGGUGAUGAUGCAUAUGCAUAUAGAGGGGAUCGAACGUUCAGCUUUUUCUCUCGUAAU